AUGCGUAUCGAAGAAUUAAUUAUUGAAGGAUUCAAGUCUUAUGCUGUUCGUACCCAUAUUACUGGCUGGGAUCCCGAGUUUAAUGCCAUAACCGGUCUUAAUGGAACUGGAAAGUCGAAUGUGCUGGAUGCUAUCUGUUUCGUCUUGGGAAUGACAAAGCUGGGUCAGCUCAGAGCAAACAAUAUGCAAGACUUAAUUUACAAACGCGGUCAAGCCGGGAUAACAAAGGCUUCAGUAACAAUAAUAUUCAACAAUGAAGACCAUAGCAAAAGCCCGGUUGGGUUUGAACAAUUCAAACAGAUAACCGUCACUCGACAAGUGAUUAUGAGUGGCCAAAGCAAAUAUCUUGUCAAUGGUCAUAAAGCUCAACAAAAAGACGUUACGACUCUAUUCCAAUCUGUUCAACUUAGCAUCGACAACCCCCACUUUCUCAUUAUGCAAGGGAAAAUCACAAAAGUACUUAAUAUGAAACCACCCGAAAUUCUUGCCAUGAUUGAAGAGGCAGCAGGAACUAGAAUGUUUGAAGAUCGAAAAGAAAAGGCCUUGAAGACAAUAGCAAAGAAAGAGAAAAAAGUUGAAGAAAUAACUACUCUACUCCACGAAGAAAUUGAGCCAAAAUUAGAGAAACUUCGAACGGAAAAGAGGUCUUAUCUAGAAUUUCAAAAAAUAUCGACUGAAAUAGAACGUUUGAAUCAUUUGAUUUUCGCAUAUGAGUACAAAAAGCAUGAGGAAAAAUUGCGAAAAACGGAUGCAGACUUUGGCGCAAAAAAGGAUAGGAUAGAAGGAUUACGCGCGUCCAGCAAUCAGUUGAAAGUGGAAAUUGAUUAUUUGCAGAGCAAUAUCGAGCAGACGACAGCCAAGAAAGAAAAAGAAUUGGGAAACGGCAAAUAUAAUGCAUUGGGAGAACGCGUCAAGGAACUUUCUAAUGAAGUUGUGCGCAUUAAUACUAAAUGUGACUUGAAAAAAGCAUCAAUUGAUAAAGAACUGCAGAAUAAACAGUCGCUGAUAUCCAACAGGAAUGAGAUGACGCAAGGAUUCGCAAAGAAGAAAUCUGAAUACGAAAAGUUACAGAAUAAAUUCGAACAAAUAAAAAAGUCGCACGAUGCUAAACAAGAACAAGUGAGGAAAGAAGAAGAACUAUUACAAACUCUAACAACUGGAAUUUUUGUGUUUAAUUUCUUAAUAGAGGCCAAAAGCAUAGCAACUCAAGCAUUGACAGCGACAGAACAAGCAAAAAUACAAGUCACGCACAUUAAAAAAAAGUUGUCCGAGUUGGAACCACUUGCCAAGGCCGCUCAAAGAGACAACAAAGGAUUAACAAAUGAAUUGGAAACGGCGAGGAAAAUUGUCAACGAAUUGAAGGAAUCACUGGACGGAUUGAAUUGGGACCUAUCUAUUGAAGCUGAUCUGCUAAAAAGAAAGUCAGAAAAGCAGGCAAUUAUUCGCCAGCUUAGCGAGAAUUUGGAUUCGUUAACGUCGCAACUGGGGGGGUUGGAAUUUACCUAUACAGAUCCUUCACCCUCUUUUGAUCGUUCAAAGGUCAAAGGGCUAAUUGCUGAGCUCAUAAAACUUGACAAAGACAAGGAGACCUAUUCAACAGCACUCGAGAUAUGCGCAGGGGAUCGCUUGUAUAAUGUUGUCGUGGAGAAUGAAGUUGUUGCAACUCAACUAUUCGAAAGGGGAAAACUGCGAAGACGGUUUACCUUGCUGCCCUUGAACAAAAUUAGACCCUAUGUAUUGGCAGCAGCAAAAAUUAGUGCAGCCAAAAAGCUAGCACCUGGGAAAGUGGAUCUAGCACUAUCGCUUAUUAACGCUGAUAGAGAAGUAGCUCUUGCUAUGGAACAUGCUUUUGGUAGCACUUUUAUAUGUGCUGAUGCUGAGACAGCGAAAAAACUAACCUUCGGUAACGUCAAGGCCAGAUCAGUCACUCUUGAUGGUGAUGUUUACGAUCCUUCAGGCAUACUUCAAGGAGGGUCGAAGCCAACGUCUUCUGGUCUACUGAUAAAAAUGCAGCGGCUGAGAGUUAUUAAGCUUGAGAUUAAUGAACACAAACGGGACUUAGACAAGAUUAACGCAGAGCUUCAAGCCGCACAGAAGACCAUUGCAAAAUAUAAUGAACUUAAAAAGAAAUUGGAUUUGAAAAUUCAUGAAGCCGGACUGCUUGAAGAACGUCUGAGAAACAGUAGUAACUCUAAGGUUAUAAACCAAACACAUGAACUUAGGCAACAGUUAAUUGAUCAAGAGAAGCUUAUAGUUGCAUCGAACGACAAGCGAAAAGAUGCUCUAGAGACAUGCAAAAAGAUCGAAGCUGAAAUGGAUGAAUUCCAUAAUAAUCGUGAAUCUAAAUUGAAGGAGAUUGAGAAAAGAGUUGCAAAAGGGAAAUCAGAGCUCGCUAGUGAAAACCAACGCGUGAAAAACAUGCAGCAGGAAGUCCAGACGCUACAAUUGGAAAUGGAACAGACGGAAGAAGAAAUCCAAGGCAUAGAUAAAGAGAUUCAAACUUCAGAUGAAACAAUACGAAAGUUAACCGAAGAUAAAAACACUCUAAAAGAUGAAUUGUCUGAUAUACAAGAGCUGCUUAGCAAUUCUCAGAAGGAACUACAAAAGGAAAGUGAAAUGAUAUUUGCCUUUGAUGAGGAGAUAAAGGAACUCCGUGCUGCAAUAGAGGCCAAAAAUGCACAAGUGACAGAUAUACAAUUAGAACUGUCGAGCAUUUUGCAUGAAGUGGAACGCUCACAAAAAGAAAAGCGAGAUGCUGAAAAAGCAAUCAAGAAAAUGGAAGAUGAUAUAGAAUGGAUUUCGCAGAAGAAACAUUUAUUUGGUGAACCUAAUACUCCAUACGAUUUCACAACCAUCAAUAUGAAUGAGGCUAAACCAACGUUGCGACAAUUGGAAGAGCGUUAUGCCACAAUGAGAAAGAAAGUUAACGCGAAGGUCAUGAACAUGAUUGAGAGUGUUGAGAAGAAGGAAGCAUCACUCCAAAACAUGCUUGCGCAGGUGAAGAAAGAUAAGAAGAGCAUAGAAGAUACUAUUGUACAGCUGGACAACUACAAAAAGGAUGCAUUGGAAAAGACUUGGCGGAAAGUCAAUGGAGAGUUUGGGCCUAUAUUCAACGAAUUGUUACCCAAUAGUUUUGCCAAACUACAACCGCUUGAAGGAAAACAGUUAACUGAUGGGUUGGAAGUUAAAGUCUGUCUCGGGGGCGUUCAGAAGAAGAGUUUGACUGAGCUCAGUGGUGGACAGAGAUCGCUCAUUGCACUAUCUCUUAUUUUGUCACUACUCCAAUUUAAGCCUGCUCCAAUGUACAUUCUUGACGAGAUAGAUGCAGCACUUGAUCUAUCUCAUACUCAGAACAUUGGUCAAUUACUAAAAUCACGGUUCAAAGGAUCUCAAUUUAUCGUGGUGUCGCUCAAGGACGGAAUGUUUAAUAAUGCUAAUGUCUUAUUCAGAACAAAGUUCCGUGAUGGAACGUCUUACAUUGGUUAA